GGCCUAGACCUCAUUCUCUCAGAUUACUUUCCCCGCCCCUCCUCCAGCUGAUGCCUGUAAAUACCUUUGGUUGCCAGGAAGUGAACUAGUGUGUGCGCGCCAAACUGGAAAAUGAAGGGACAAAACAUCUUCAAGCAAAAAUAACCGAACGAAAUAAUCGUGCUUUUGAGGGUAUAGUAACUCUAUUUUCAAGGUCGCAGUUGUAAAUGAGAACUUGUUCUCAACUGGCCUACCUGGUUAUAUAAAGGUGAAAUAAAAAAAUAGAAAACUGGAACAAAUCAGCUUUGGACAUGGAGAAGCGUGGAAGGAGUCAACCGUGGGGGAAGUUAGUAAAAAUGGACACUCAAUCUGAAGUAUUGCUUGUCAACAGGGAAUGCACUGUCGGGCGACGAAAAGGCUGUGAUCUUUCCUUUCCUUCUAACAAACUGGUCUCAGGGGAUCACUGUAAGAUAGUGCAAGAUAAGAGCUCAGGGUUGGUGUGGCUGGAGGACACGAGCACCAAUGGUACAGUGAUUAACAUGUCCAAGCUGGUGAAGAAGCAGAUUCAUAUGCUGCAGAAUGGAGACGUCAUCUACUUUGUAUACAGGAAAAACGAACCAGGGCAAAACAUUGCCUACAUGUAUCAGACCAUAAAACCAGAGAGGACAUUCUCACAAGACACAAUUGGUGGUGCCACCAGAUGCUCAGUAAUGCAGCAGAAAGCCCAGACCUUCCCUGUUACCGCAGCAGUGUGUGUGUCUGUGGAGCCAUUCCUUGUUGGACCUCCACGGGAGCAGCAGGCCUUGGAGGAACCCAAGCCCUCCACCUCCUCCCACCUCCUCCACACAGUCUCCUCCUCCACAGCCUGUUCCUCUGCAGCCUCCCUCCUGCACUCCUCUGCCUUAGACGCACGACAGACUGAAGCCCAGAACAGAGUCACAAUGUUGUAUAAGGAGGAGGGGGACAUGGAGCCAGAGAGAAAGAGGAGGAAAACUGACAGUGCUGAUAAGGACUAUGACUUUGGACUGCCACAUACCUCCAGUAUUGCGGUGGUCAGCCCCAGCCCAGCUAAGGCUUCUCUUAUCAGAGAUCUGUUGGGAAAAGCUGCUGUGACUGUGGAAGGAGCCAAGACUGACAAGAUGGAAGAGUCACUCACCUGUGUCAUCUGUCAGGACCUACUUCAUGACUGUGUCAGCCUGCAGCCCUGUAUGCACACCUUCUGUGCUGCGUGUUACUCUGACUGGAUGGAGCGUUCGUCUCUCUGCCCCACCUGCCGUUGCCCUGUAGAGAGGAUCCGCAAGAACCACAUCCUCAACAACCUGGUGGAGGCCUACCUUAUCCAACACCCAGAGAAGUGUCGUAGUGAGGAGGACCUGAAGAGCAUGGACAGCCGGAACAAGAUAACUCGGGACAUGCUGCAGCCAAAGAUUGAGCGUUCCUUCUCUGAUGAAGAGGGCAGCUCCGAUUAUCUCUUUGAGCUCUCCGACAAUGACAGUGACACCUCCGAUAUUGGCCAGCCCUUUGUGAUGUGCAGACAGUGUCCAGGCUACAGGAAGGAGGUCUGCCAAGUUCUGUGGGCCACAGGACCAGCUCCUCUAGGACCAGCACCACCAACCCCUGAGGAUAGGGCAGGGAUACCCCCUGGGGCCGGGGCAUUAUCAACAUGCUCUGAUGUCCCCACUACAGCUCCUCAGGAUUACACCUGUCCUCCUCUGGGCAGCCAUGUAAUCUGCACAUGCUGCCUGCAGCCCAUGCCAGACCGCCGCGCCGAGCUCAUUGGCCAGCAUCUCUCUGCUCAGCAAUGUGUGGCGUGCCUGCGGCCCUUCUGCCACAUGUACUGGGGCUGCCAGAGGAUCGGCUGUCAAGGCUGCCUAGCACGUUUCAGUGAACUCAACCUUACAGACAAAUGCCUGGAUGGUGUUCUGAACAGCAAUAACUAUGAAUCAGAGAUCCUCCAGAGUUACUUGUCAGCCAGGGGGAUGUCGUGGAGGGACAUGCUACAGGAGGGUCUUCAGGGCCUGCAACAGGGAACCUUCUAUCUGUCUGAUUAUCGCAUCAACAGUAACGCCAUACUGUGUUUCUGCUGUGGCCUGCGAGCCUUCGGGGAGCUGGCCUACAAAUACAGACAGAACAUCCCUGCCUCUGCACUUCCUGCUGCUGUGACGUCUCGGCCUGACUGUUAUUGGGGACGCAACUGCCGUACUCAAGUCAAGGCACACCACGCCACGAAAUUCAACCACAUAUGUGAGCAGACCCGUUUCAAGAGCUGAAGAGCCUCGUGGGUGACCUGCUAUGCAAGGCUCCUCUCCAAUCACUGGAGCGAACACAUACUUCCAAGGAUCUCCUCUAUUACUCUCUGAUCAUUUUACUCCCUUAUUAAGCAGUGCCUUGCCCUGAAGAAAGGUAUCUCUCUUAGGUAAUAUAACUUAUAGUUCUCUCACAGGCUUUAUAGACUUAUUCAUUUGAUUAUAUGCAGAAAUUACAAUCAAACUCUUUUGAGAAGACUGGCUAGGUCAUGGUUAGCCAGCCUAGUGUUAUAGAUAUAGUAGGGGUGAGUGGGAUAAUGCUAUGCACUCCACACAGUAAGAGCGGAUUCCCCUAUAUGAUGAUGACAGACUGAUAUCUUAUGGGGAAUAUGAUCAACAUUGCCCUUCAUGUCCUUUUUGGUGAGGGAUAAAAAACUGUUAUCAAUCAGAAUGGACUUUGGCCAUACAUGUGCUGUUACACAGGAUGAAAUGCCAUCUUUUGUGACAGUAUAAGACUCAUAUUGAUAUUAGUAGGAUGUUGUUGAUACUUUUCCUAUUUCCGUGUGCCUGAGUAGUUAACCGAGUAGUUAACGGAUUAAGUUUUUCUUUCUCUUAACUUGUGGUGUAGUACUUUAGAUAUCUUGGUAAAUUAUGUAUUUGAAUUAGAAUCUAGAGCUUCCUACUUAACCGCUUAGUGUGUUGUUCUAAACAUCUAAAUAGUAUUCUUAUGUUAGUUAUAGAAACUUCCCCCAAACAAACUAGGUUGAAGCACAGCUAUGUUAUCAAAAUACAUAUGCAUAUACAGACUUUGAGGUUUCUUGUGGUUCAUAUAUAUGGAUGACAGAUAUUCAGUGGCACCAUUUUGAAUUCAGACCGUUGCUGCUUCUGCAUAUUAAUAAGACUGCUAACUGAAAAGACAAUGCAAUCUGUAUUUAUUGGAAAAGGGAGUUGUACUUAGUUUUGGGAAAAGGGGGAUUUCUGCUCGUUUUCUAGUUUGACGUGGAUUUCCCAACAAGGGCAAAAAGCCCUGUCAAAGCUGCGUAUAUCAGGGUUGAACAAGAAUCAAUGUGACAGUUAGUUGUAUAGGAUUUCAGUUCUUCCGGCAGGGAUAAGGGUUAUGUGUUGAAAUGUAGUUUUAUCUGAGGCUGGGAAAAGCAGGGUAUUCAGUUAUAUGCUUUGCUCAGGAUAAUCAACAUAAAGCUGAUUUUUAAAGUGGUGCGUUAGAGAAGCUUUCUCAGACCUAGAUUAGUACUAACAGCCAAAGCUGUUUUUUUUUUUGUUAGAAUGCACAAUGGUUUGCUAGACUAGAGUUUAGGGGGUAAAAUUGUUCCUCCUCCUUGUUGCAUUAUAUUAAGUUAGUGAUGUUGGCUAAAUAUAUUAAUUAAGCCAACAACUUGAUCAUACUGGUUCUAUCAUACUUCUUAGUAAGGAUUGCCAUUCUGUUUUGCAAGACCAAAUGAAGGACUUGUUUUUCACUAUAUUUAUGUUGCCAUAGGGAAGUGUUACCUUGGAGCAUUUUGGAUAGAUCUUACUAUAGUUUUGUUUAUCAGAGGGGUAUUUAACUCUUUAUUGUGCUAUGUUUGUAUUGUUUUGGAGACAGAGGAACAAGUACCAUGGUUUGGUCAAACCUCAUCAGUUAAACCUUAAUUGGUACAAUUUCCCAUAACUCUUGAGGAAAUAACACAUUGCUGUUUGGUCAGGCAUUCUUAUCUGGCAGUGAAAGCACACUCACCGACUUAGAAUUGAAGAAAAUAACAUUUAGCCACUUCUAACAAUGGAGACUGAAAGUGGGCUCUAUUGCUCUUAGAAAAGAGACUAGAGGUGUGAAAGUCUCACGCUGCCAGACAUGUCGCUGUAUUCUUGCUGUAGAAGAACUGCUGGGGUGGUCUAAAUACUCUAGGAUUAUAUUAUGAGACAAUUAGGUUGCAUUCACACAUGCAGCCCAAUUCUGAUAUUUUUCACUCAUUUGUCUUUUUGACCAAUCAGAUCAGCCCCUUUUGCCAAUAAUUGUGCAAAAGAUCUGAAUUGGACUGCCUGUGUAAACGCAGCCUUAGUUGUGUGAUAUCCUGCCUGUCUUAUUCAAAGUGUUGCAGUUACACAGUACUCCGAGAUACAGGUGUGUCACUUUAUAGAUCAACCGAGACAACUGGCUGCGUCUUACUUCCGCGUUGUCUUAUUAGAAGACCACUAUCAACAACCAGAUGUCCAUAAUGUUGUGUAGAACCACAACAGUAGAUACUUGUCUCUUACCGUUCUGAGAGAUCGGUCACAUUCUCUGUAAAUUACUGACAAAUCACAAUGGAAGUCAAAUUGGCCCAAUGUCUGCAAACCUUUAGUCUAGCUAGAAUGGCCUGAUAUACUAUUUUCUUCAUGAGGCCUUAUCUUUUUCCUACUUUUCAAUAUAUAACUUAAGUUGUUAGUAGUGAAGUAGAGUACAGAAGAAGAAGAAAAAGUUUUGUAUGCAAGUCAUUAGAUUCUGUUGCAGUUAAAAACUUACUUUCAAAGAAGUGCAAUGUUAUUCACUUUGAUCUAAUACCUUGUGUAUUCGUAUGUAAUUUUAAAUAGAUUAUAGUUCUAUCAGACUUUGAUUUUGUAAAUUGUGACAUUAAAUUGACAACAAUGAUUUAAGUGUAAAAAGUAGUUAGAAUGUCCAAACUGUUCAUGUCUAGCUUUGAGGCUAUUUACUUUAUAAUUCAGCUCGCACACAUUGAAAGGAUGAAUCACUCAUUUGAAUACUUAACCAAGAUUACAAUUAGGUUUCAAACAAACACAGAUUAACGACCUGUUCACAAGCGAUAGACUUUUGAAGGCAACUUCCCAAAUGUUCAUGGAGAUCACAUUAUCUGUAAAGGCCAAUGAUGUCUGCUCAGGCAGAAAUUACCUUUAAAAGUCCAUCGGAGCACACUGGUACUUUAUCUGCGUUUGUUUGAAUCCCAGCCCCAAGCCGACCUGUAAUAAGCACUGCAGAAAUGGUGUAGGCUACAACUCUGUCCUGUAACCUCGAUUAAUAUUACAAUAUCCAUUGAGAAAUGUCCUUGUGCAAUCAAUGUGUGUGGAACUCAGGAUUGGAGCUGAAACUCUACCUAUGUAACAAUAUACCCUCAUUGGGACUGUUUAGUGGCAAUAUUCACACUCCCAGACCGACUCUUUUGGGCUGGUAUAAAGGGGUGCAAAUAAUGGGCAUGCUUUCUGCCUGAGCUCAUAUCCUUAUUUGUGAUCUUAUGGGGUGGAUUAAAUCCGUAUCGCGCAAGAUCCGCGUAAAAAUGUAAAGGUAAUUUCCGAUUGAGCUGAGCGUUUACAGUGAAUGCCGUCUCCGCGACCGUGAGAACAUUGCCUUUAAUUGUCAAUCGCGCUAUAAAGCGCGUCUUCAGCACUACGGAUUGAAUAGAGCCCUAAGUCACUGUUUCCCUGUUGUGUGUUCACACUGUGGCAUUCCUCAGAGGCUCAAGCAAUAGCUCAGCACAACACUUCCCAGCCAGCCGAUCCCUCCCCACAGCAGAGCUGAACCUUAAUUAUAACAGGAGGAUCGGGGAACCCUAAGCCAACAACAGUGCAAGCCAUCGAUCAGGAAUGGGUGUUAAGGAGGCUUUGGAGGGUGCUUUGCAUUCUCAGAGGAAAACGCUGUAUUCUAGAGAAAAUAUUGACUCACUUCGUGAGAAAGUCUGGACCAAGAUGCUCUGUACUAACAGUAUGACCAGUCAGUAUAAAGGCCUGGCUGGGGCAAGUUUCAUUCUACCUCAUCAAAGCUCCCGAGACAUUCAAAACAAUCCAGUCUGUACUUUUAUGUUCUGUGGAUUCUAAUAAGUGGAGGACUGACUGGACGGGCAUGUAGAGUAGCGCUCAGUUACGUUUUUAAUGCAGGGGAACACAACUGGUCCUCAGGGUUGAAAGUGGCUGCUGUUUUGUUUGUUUUUUCUUCCCAUUUCUGUCAGUCGGCGACCAAUUUAGACCCGGGAGUUCAACCAGCUGUAUGCACUGCACUCUGAUCAAUUAAUCAAUCAACUUAAUAAAGUGGUAUUGAUUUAUCAAUAUAGAGCCAGGUAUGAAUGAAAACAAAUGGGACUGUGAUUCUUGAACUGGAGUUGUGCAUUCCUAGUUGAAUGCCUUUUGAGCUUUUUGUGCCCCCUGUAUUAGUAAUGCCAAAAUACUUAUUGUUAGGUAUAUGGCUCUAACCUCUGUUUUACUGCACUAAUAAAAGAUUGCUAAAUGUG